UUUACCGACGGCGACUCCACUCAUUGAACGGCAACAGGUUACAAGUCAAUAUGGCGUCGAAAUAACCCGUGAAAUACGCUAAAAACGCUCACUUUUACACACGUAUAACUUCUGAACCGAUGGAUUCCGCGCCUUAAAACUAGGAUUUUUAGAUUCUACUCCUAAAUUACUUCAAGAAGUCGAUAAGGUAGUUGUGCCAUGCAUGCUCCAGCGAGGUAUGGUAAGAGAAGAACUGGUAAAACAGACAACUGUUAUACCAACCGUGGAAACCUAACCUCAUCUCGGGGUACCGCGGACACUAAAAAUGGCGACUCAUCGGUAACAAAGGCAUGUUUAGUCUUGUUGUUGUAGUCAAUGAAUGGAGUUUGAAGUUUGAAGGGCCUGGAUUACUAUACUCGUAGGCUACGGGUCGUAACGGUUAUUAUUAUUAGAGUCGUACUCAAAAACGAAAAUUACCUUAAUCUUUAGUCGAUUUAACCGAAGGGACAGAAAAACAAAAAUAUAGAAAUAAAGUUGAGAAUACGAGUAAAUUAUGCGUGUUUUUCUGAGUUGCUCACCCACUACUAGCACAAGCUAUAAAUCAUAUUAUGAAGCUAGAAUACAAUAUCAACCACCUUUUAUACCACCAACAGUUAUAGAAAAUAUUUCCAAGAGAUCAAAAAGGUGUAAAUUGCCAGAUACAUCUCCAUUAUCGCAUGAAUUAUUUGAUCAUGAAACACAGGCUAUGAGAUUAGCGGCAGAUGGAAAGUCACCAAUUUGGUAUUGUUUACAAGUAAUGAAUUAUUAUCAGUUUGAGAUGGAACCGAAACCUAGGUUCACCUAUUCGAGGGAUGCAGAUACUGGUAUGAUUACUGCAAGUGUUCGUUUAAGUAGUGGUAACAAAUUUAACGGUGAUCCUUGUGAAGAUUAUGAAAAAGCAUUAGGGAGUGCUGCAAAGAAAGCUUACGAGGAAGAUGAAGAACUUAGUUCAUUCUACCGGAAACAUUUUGAGUCUACCCUUUCCACAACCUUUCGGUCUUGAUAGACAAAAUAUCGAUACAUAAGGGUGAUCCUGUCGCUAUUGGACCAAAAGGAAGUGCCGCAACGAUAGAAUGAAGAAGUCGACAUCCCAUUUCUGUCAUCGCUAACUUGACGGAGGUGGCCCCUGCAGCGUAGACGGCUGUGUGCGUGAAAAUGAGUAAGAAAAUAUUCUGUUUUCCGCACCGUUUAAAUGGGACUCUGCUCCUCAUUACGCACAAUUUCAGCCGUCUUCGCUGCAGGGGCCAUCUCCGUGUGGAGGGGUCCCGGUGUGUUCUUCAGAAGUCCUGGGGCCCUCCCUAUAGCCCCAGUGUAGGCCACCGUGG